CUGCCGUAGGCGGAGAAGGCAGACGAUGAUGAUCCCAAAACGAGGCGGUUAGUUGAUAUAUGAGGCCUAAAAGCUUUUUAACGGAACUUUAGCGGAUUUUAUUGUUUUAAAGAUAUGGCACUCAAACGUAUCCACAAGGAGCUUCAAGAACUUGGUCGUGAUCCUCCAGCUCAAUGCUCAGCAGGGCCAUUGUCAGAUAAAGAUCCUUUUAGAUGGCAAGCAAUGAUACUUGGACCUCCUGACAGUCCAUACAACGAUGGAAUAUUUUAUCUUGACAUACAGUUUCCGUCUGAUUAUCCAUUCAAGCCUCCAAAGGUUGCCUUCAACACAAAAAUCUAUCACCCCAAUAUCAACAGCAAUGGAAGUAUUUGUUUAGAUGUUCUGCGAAGCCAAUGGAGUCCUGCCCUGACAGUUUCGAAAGCAAGGCGUUCUCACAGAAACCUUUGUGGUAACUGCAGCAAAUUCUUUUUGCUCUUCUUAUUGGGACCGCGCUAGAGAUCUUUCAGAUUGGUGGGUGCAGCUCAUUCAGCCAACUGCUUUCAUGUGGAGACAUUCAACCAAAUCCUGGCCGAGAGAUCAAUGAAUCUUCGAAGUUCUUUCAUUGGAGCUUAAAUAGCAUUUGUGCUAGAGAUCAAAGAAAGAAACCUCUUACUGAAACGUAUGAUGCCCUCAACAAAUUUGACAUUAUUGCUAUCUCUGAGUCUAUGCUUCAUCAAACUGUGCGAUGAAAUUUAUAUUGAAAGGUUCAGCAGAGAGAUAUAUCGUAGUGAUCAUCCGAGCAAAACCAAAAUUGGUGGAGUGUGUCUUUAUUUUCUCGAAGGGCUACCUAUCAAGAGAUGAACUAACCUAUUGAGCUUUUACGUGAAAUUAUCAUUACUGAAAUUAGGAUAGCACGUUAAAAAUGUUUUCCUCGGGACCAUGUAUCGUAGUCCAAGCCAAAACAGCGAGGAUUUUUAAAUCUUCAUUGAUAGCUUGCAACAGACCAUCAAUAAAAUGAAAGGUGAAAAUCCACAUUGCGUGAUUUUAAUAAGUGAUGUCAACUGUAGAUCUUCAAUGUGGUGGACUGAGGUUAUUGAAUGGCCCGAAGGUACUGCUUUAGACGAACUUAUGGAAACAAAUGGUCUUGGCUUCCUUUCCAUUUCCAUUUCGUGCAAUGAAACAUGUCCGAGGAAGGGGAAAGAAGGCAUGUUUAUGCUAAUCAACUUUGUAAUGCUUUUUCUUUUGGAAGAAGAUUGAAAAGUUAAAAGAGGAAGAAAUACGAGAAGAGCAUAUUUGUUAGCACGUUUCAAGAAAGAAGCAAAAGAAAAGUCCCACCCAGGAAACUAUGAAAAUACCAGUGUCGCUAAGAAAAAUACAAGAGGAAUCUCUCAAAAAAUUUCUCAAAAAUGAUAGCAGAAAGUAAGGGUUUAUUAUCGGUUUUUUAAAGGGGGACUCUCCAACUCUGCCUGCUUCCACCGAUGAUAUGUAAUAUUAUUCCCAGUAUUUCAGGACGACUGUGACCCAGUUCGAAGCACAGCUUGUUGCUGGCGUUAUGACGCAAUGCCUCGAACAUGAUUGCUUGAGAAAUCAAACGGUAAGAAUUCCGUGUAAAAAAGUUGCCUCGAUUCCAACUUUCUAAAACGGAAAGCGGUACAGUAAGCGUACCGUUCUUGAAUGUCAAAAUAUCUGCGCAUGCUUGUACCGUAUACCGUUUUCUGUUUACCGUCCAUACCGUGAAGAGGAAAUCCACCUUAAGAAAUAAAGAAUGUUCUUCCAUUGACUUAAUUAUUACUGACCAGCCAAAUAUGUUUGUUGACUAUGGUGUUCACCCUUCCCUGGAUGAAAACUGUCAGCAUCAAAUUAUCCACGGUGAACUGAAUGUCUCUUUACCAUAAGAACUGAAUGUCUUAUUCCAACUGAGCGACUGGACAGCUACUGAAAUGGUAGAAAUGCUCUAUCUGAAUUUCGGAGUAUAUCAUAAAUAAAGUUGUCAAAUUUGACGAUAAGGGUCCACCAUGGAUGAAGCUGGAAAUAAAAACUGCUAUUAAGCGCAAACACAGAGUAUAUGCUAAGUUUGUUAGGCGUAGUAGGAAGCAAGAAGACUGGAACUCUGUUUAAAAUGUCCAGAACAUAACAUCAAGAAUGAUUACCAAUGCUAAAAAUGAUUAUUACAUCGGACUUGGCAGAACUUCAUCGAAUAACGUAUCUGGGGCUAAAUCAUAUUGGUCCCUAUUCAACAGACUUCUCAAUAAAAAGGCAGUUUCUGUCAUCUCCCUCUGAUUGAAAAUUGCUAAUUUAUUACCAAUGUAGAAGCAAAGGCAAAUAUUUUUAAUGAGUUCUUUGUUGCUGAAUGCAGAGAGAUAGAAACUGGUAGUACUAUCCCAACAUUUAUUCCGCAGUUCCCACCGCCCUUAUUAGAUAUAGUUAUAGGCAGGAAAAUGUUGCUUCAAAUCAUUCGUUCUCUAGAUACCAAAAAGGCACAUGUGACAAUUCGAUAGUUGAUCCUCUGUGUUCUUUUUUUAAAGAUGCCUUGAAACAGGAAUUUACCUUUCCCAGUGGAAGAAAGCAGACAUAAUUCCUAUGCAUGAAAAGAGUAGCAAACAGAACAAGAACAACUAUUGACCUUCCCCUACUGCCAAAUUUUAGAAAAUGUUUUGAAAAGCUAUUAUUUGAUGCCAUCCACGAGUCCCUCUGUAUAAAUGGUCUCAUAUCGCCUCAUCAAUCAAGGUUUCGUCCCGUGAUUCGAUUACCAAUCAGUUAUUGCUAAUCACACAUAAUAUUUAUUAAACCUUCGAUGAAGCUAUUGGUAAAGAAACACGUGCCAUCUUCCUUGACCUUUCAAAGGCAUUUGACAGGGUCUGGCAUGAGGGUCUCAUUUACAAGUUUGAAUUCAAUGGUCUACAGGGAAAUGUUCUUCGGAUUGUUAAAAGUUUUUUCUCAGAUCUUUAGCAAAGGGUUGUAUUAUAUGGACAAUGUUCAAAGUGGGAUACAAUAACCGCAGAUGUACCUCGAGGAUCAGGUCUUGGGCCGUUUUUGUUCUUGAUCCACAUUUAUGAUAUAACCAACAAUGUUGAAUGUGGUAUUAAGUUAUUUGCUGAUGACACGUCUUUCUUUACUACCGUUCAAAAUUAAAAUGAAGCUGCUCUUGACUUAAACAGAGAUUUGGCAAAAGUUAGCUUAUGGGCAUGGCAAUGGAAAUGCAGUUUAAUGCUGACGAGACAGAGGGGGUUGUAUUUUCAUGUAAAAGGAAUAAGCCAAUCCACGUCGGUUUUAAAUUGGGAGAGAAGGUCGUUGACUCAAAAUUGGAACACCAGCACCUUUGGGUUCUUCUUGACUCAAAGCUAAAUUUCAAAAGUCAUUUUCGAGAGGCUUUCUUGAAAUCACGGAGAAGAAUUGGUUUCUUGAAAUACCUUCAAAAUAUGUAUCAAAAGAGGCCCUUGACCAAACCAACAAGCUUUAUGUGAGACCUCACUAAGACCAUGGAGACAUAAUUUACCAUAAAUAUGACCCUGAUAUGCAACUGAACCUUACGCAACAACUAGAACAGACUCAAUAUAAAGCAGCACUAGCUGUUACUGGAGCGUGGAUAGGUACAAGUAGGCGAAGGCUGCUUGAAGAGCUCAGAUGGUAAACACUUUAUGACCGACGGUGGUGCCAACAAUUAUGUCAUUUCUUUUCAUUAACAACGUCCAAAAGUCCAGAUUACCUUUUCAAUUAGAUACCUGAACAGCGCUCCGUUGAGUAUAAUUUAAGAAACCCGCGUUGUUAUCAGCAAAAUGUAGGUGGCACUAUCCCCUUUACAGCUCUUAUUUUCAUAACACAAUAUAUGAGGGGAACCUGUUAGACAAAUUUGUUCAAGAUUCUCCUUCUCUCACCGUUUUCAAGAGCAAAUUGCUUCGAAUCAUCAGACCCGUGAAAAACCCUGUUUGCAACAUCUAUGAUAUUGUGGGUAUCAAGCUUUUAACAAGGCUUCUAGUUAGCUUCAGUCCUCUGAAUUAACACAGAUUUCGGCAUAAUUUUGAAUGCUUGAGUCCAGUUUGUAUUUUUGGGACAUGAAAGGAAGAUAAUGAGCAUUACCUCCUCCACUGCCCCCAGUUUACAGCUCAGCUCCAAGAUCUCCUUGGUCAAGUCUCGGAUGUCGGAUAUGAUGUUGCUAGCAUGAACACAAAGGAUCUUUGUCAUUUGUUAUUCUAUGAGAACCCCAAAUAAAAGCACUUUUGCAAACAGAAUCAUCCUAGAAGCAACUUUUUCAUUCAUUAAAACUUCUGGAUGUCUCAAUUAAACUUUCUGGAAAAACAGCAGCCUAACCCCUCUUUUUCCUCUUUUUUUGUUUUUUGUUUUCUUUGUCUUGAUUUAGCGUGUAUAUGUAUCUUAACUUUUCUUUUAUUGUUAAUUUACGUUGUUAUUUCUUAGAUCAUUGUAAGUGGCAUUUUUAGUGAGUACUCGGUGACCCUGCAUCUUUCCUCGCUACAAAUGUCAUAGUAUCAUGCAUUAACCUUGUUUUUAAACUUUUGAUUGAUGUAAAAAAAGCAUUAUCCAACAUCGUUCAACAACA